UGCGGGCAGGGCCCGGGGCGGGCGGCGGGAGGAGGGGCGGCGGCUCUGGGCCCCGCAGCGUGUGCGGGGUGAGGGGCCCUCCCGGACCGGAGCCACCGGCAGCCGCUGCCCGGGCCCCGCGCAGACUACGGCUCCCGGCAUGCCCCGCGGGCCGCCGCCCAAUCGCGCUGCGCUUUGUUGCGGGGGCGCGGCAGGCGCCCGGGCCCCGUUUCAAGAUGGCGGACGACGGUGAGACAGCAGUGAGGCGGCCACCGGUGAGGCCUCCGCGGCCGCCGGCGGAGGAGAACGACCACGAGCACUGCAGCGACUGCGAGAACGAGGCGGAGCGCGGCUCCCACCGCGGGGGCUUGAGUCCAGCAAAUGACAGUGGAGCCAAAAAGAAGAAAAAGAAACCCAAAAGGAAGAAAGAGAAAGGAGGAGAUCAGCCUGACCAGGCUCAGGACCAGCCAGGGAAGAUGAACUCUUUACCUGCUGAGAGGAUCCAGGAGAUUCAGAAAGCCAUCGAGCUCUUCUCUGUAGGUCAGGGCCCUGCCAAAACCAUGGAGGAAGCCAGCAAGAGGAGCUACCAGUUCUGGGACACUCAGCCAGUGCCCAAGCUGGGAGAAGUGGUGAACACCCACGGCCCAGUAGAGCCAGACAAGGACAACAUCCGUCAGGAGCCAUACACCCUGCCCCAGGGCUUCACCUGGGAUGCUCUGGACCUCGGGGACAGGGCUGUGCUGAAGGAGCUGUACACACUUCUGAACGAGAACUACGUGGAGGAUGAUGACAACAUGUUCCGCUUCGAUUACUCUCCCGAGUUCCUGCUCUGGGCUCUGCGUCCCCCGGGGUGGCUGCCCCAGUGGCACUGUGGGGUCCGGGUUGUCUCCAGCAAGAAGCUGGUGGGGUUCAUCAGUGCCAUCCCUGCCACCAUCCACAUCUAUGACACAGAGAAGAAGAUGGUGGAGAUCAACUUCCUCUGUGUCCACAAAAAGCUGCGCUCCAAACGGGUGGCUCCGGUCCUGAUCCGUGAGAUCACACGGAGGGUGCACCUGGAGGGGAUCUUCCAGGCUGUUUACACAGCAGGAGUGGUGCUGCCAAAGCCUGUGGGGACGUGCAGGUACUGGCACCGCUCCCUGAAUCCUCGGAAGCUCAUUGAGGUGAAGUUUUCCCACCUGAGCAGGAACAUGACUAUGCAACGUACCAUGAAGCUUUACCGCCUGCCCGAGACUCCCAAGACCCCCGGCUUGAGGCCAAUGGAGCAGAGGGACAUCCCUGCUGUGCACAAGCUCUUGACUGAGUACCUGAAGCUCUUCCACCUGAUGCCCGUGAUGAGCCGGGAGGAGGUGGAGCACUGGUUCCUACCUCAGGAGAACAUCAUCGACACCUUCGUGGUGGAGAGUGCCCCAGGGGAGGUGACAGACUUCCUGAGCUUCUACACCCUGCCCUCCACCAUCAUGAACCACCCGACUCACAAGAGCCUGAAAGCUGCUUAUUCCUUCUACAACGUCCACACCAAGACCCCUCUCAUCGACCUCAUGAGCGACGCGCUCAUCCUCGCCAAGUCGAAAGGAUUCGACGUCUUCAAUGCACUGGAUCUCAUGGAAAACAAAACCUUCCUGGAGAAGCUGAAGUUUGGGAUCGGGGAUGGGAACCUGCAGUAUUAUCUCUACAAUUGGAAGUGUCCCAGCAUGGCACCUGAGAAGGUGGGUUUGGUGCUGCAGUGACCCAGCCCUGCCCGGAACCACACCGGGAGAGGAGGAACCACGGCCCGGAGCCACCACCACCCCCAGCCCUCUCCUGUCUUUUGGUUUUCAUGGGAUCCUCCUGACGAGGUGAUCAAGGGAAUGUAACUGCUGAACCUGGCUGGGAAUGGCGUGUACUGGAGUUAACGGGUGAAUAAUAAAAGUCUAUAUUAUAUAUAUUUUAAA